AUGAAGGUAGAAUCUCCACCACCACCACCACCACCAGCACCACCAGCACCACCACCACCACCACUGUGGGAGCCUGCCUCGCUGAAUCACGCUGGCUUUGUUGCCAAACCGCGGAGGCUCAGUGUCUACUCGCGCACGCUACGCACUUUGUCUGUCAACCGCUGCGAGAGGACCUCGAUGUACUGGAGGCGCACAACACAGCCUUUGUACAGUCUCUUUUCCAGCGGUAAAGUUAUGUCCACCAACACCGUCUUGCUGGACUUGUGA